CAGACCCUCGUGCUGGCCAGAUGUCCCACCAGCCUGUUGUUGACACCAAAAUGUCAGAAGAGAUGGACAAGCCGCUGAUCAGCCACCGUCCGGUGGACAGUGAUGGCAGCCUGGCUGAGGUACCCAGUGAGGCCCCCAAAGUGGGCAUCAUGGGCAGUGGGGACUUUGCCCGCUCCCUGGCCACACGCCUGGUGGGCUCCGGCUUCAGCGUGGUGGUGGGGAGCCGCAACCCCAAACGCACGGCUGGGCUAUUUCCCUCAGCAGCACAAGUGACUUUCCAGGAGGAGGCACUGGGCUCUCCUGAGGUCAUCUUUGUGGCCAUGUUCCGGGAGCACUACUCCUCACUGUGUAGUCUCAGCGACCAGCUAGCCGGCAAGAUCCUGGUAGAUGUGAGCAACCCCACAGAGCAGGAACACCUUCAGCACCGUGAGUCCAAUGCUGAGUACCUGGCCUCUCUCUUCCCCACCUGCUCGGUGGUCAAGGCCUUCAAUGUCAUCUCCGCCUGGACCCUGCAGGCUGGCCCCAGGGAUGGGAACAGGCAGGUGCCCAUCUGCAGUGACCAGCCGGAAGCUAAGCGCACUGUCUCGGAGAUGGUGCAUGCCAUGGGCUUCACACCUGUGGACAUGGGGUCCCUGGUCUCAGCCCGGGAGGUGGAGGCCAUGCCCCUGCGCCUCCUCCCGGGCUGGAAGGUGCCCGCCCUCCUGGCCCUGGGGCUCCUCGUCUUCUUCUAUGCCUACAACUUCAUCCGGGACGUGCUGCACCCCUACCUGCAGGAGGGCAAGAACAAGUUCUACAAGCUCCCCGUCUCCGUGGUCAACACGACGCUGCCGUGCGUGGCCUACGUGCUGCUGUCACUGGUCUACCUGCCCGGCGUGCUGGCGGCCGCCCUGCAGCUGCGGCGCGGCACCAAGUACCGCCGCUUCCCCGACUGGCUGGACCACUGGCUGCAGCACCGCAAGCAGAUCGGCCUGCUCAGCUUCUUCUGCGCCGCCCUGCACGCCGUCUACAGCUUCUGCCUGCCGCUGCGCCGCUCCCACCGCUACGACCUGGUCAACCUCGCCGUCAAGCAGGUCUUGGCCAACAAGAGUCACCUCUGGGUCGAGGAGGAGGUCUGGCGGAUGGAGAUAUACGUCUCCCUGGGAGUGCUGGCCCUCGGCACGCUGUCCUUGCUAGCCGUCACCUCACUGCCGUCCAUUGCAAACUCGCUCAACUGGAGGGAGUUCAGCUUCGUGCAGUCCACUCUGGGCUUUGUGGCCCUGGUGCUGAGCACGCUGCACACACUCACCUACGGCUGGACCCGCGCCUUCGAGGAGAGCCGCUACAAGUUCUACCUGCCUCCCACCUUCACACUCACGCUGCUGGUACCCUGCGUCAUCAUCCUGGCCAAAGGCCUGUUCCUCCUGCCCUGCUUGAGCCACAGACUCUCCAAGAUCCGGAGGGGCUGGGAGAAGGACGGUGCCGUCAAGUUCACGCUGCCAAUGGACCACGCCCUGGCCCAGAAGACGAGCCACGUGUGAGGCGUCUGCACCCGGCUCCAGAAACCAGACACAGGCAGGAUGGUGCCCUGAGCCUGUCAGGGCUUCUUUUCUUGACCGUGCAGUAUGAUGAGAUUGUGCACAAAUUGGUGGUUUGAGGUCUGAAUUCCUGGAACGCAAAUGUAUGUAGUAAUAUUCAGAGUGACACACACGUGUGUGUGAUAUAUAUGUUCAUAUAUAUUUCAUAUGUAUAACAGGAUUUGCAAUUAUAUUUACUUAGCUAAAAAGUUGAGUCCCUGAGAUUUCAACUUGUAGAUUUAAAAGCAAGUGCCAGAUGUUUGGAGAACAGCAGCUCACGCUGUUGUGACGUUUGCAGAGAUAUUCACACGCUUUUUGCACAGAA